AUGUUCUCCCGUGCCGUUCGCCCGGCCAUCAGAGCCGGCAGUGCUGCCGUCACCCGCACUGCCCCUCCCAAUGCCGCCAACUUCGCGACUCUGCGUGAGAUCGAAGGCCGUCUCAAGUCCAUCAAGAACAUUGAGAAGAUCACCAAGACCAUGAAGAUUGUCGCCUCCACCCGUCUGACUCGCGCUCAGAAGGCUAUGGACGACUCCCGCGCCUAUGGUCAGACCUCCAACACUGUUUUCGAGCAGGCCGAGACCAAGCCUCUGGAGGAGGGCAAGACUCUUUAUGUCAUUGCUAGCUCCGACAAGGGUCUUUGCGGUGGUAUUCACUCCGGUCUGGCUAAGGCCACUCGUCGCCUCGUGGCCAACGACCCUAACGCCGAUAUCGUCAUCCUCGGCGAGAAGGCCAAGGCUCAGCUCUCCCGGUCCAUGCCCGAGAAGAUUCUCCUGAGCUUCGCCAACGUUUGCAAGGACAUCCCUACCUUUGCCGACGCCCAGGCCAUUGCCGACCAGAUCACCCUGCUCCCUACCGACUACAGCAGCGUCAAGGUGCUCUACAACUCCUUCAUCAACGCCCAGAGCUACGAGCCCACCACCAUUGAGGCUUACUCCGAGGAGGCUAUCACCCAGUCCGCCAACAUCGCCGCUUACGAGAUUGAUGAUGAAGCUCUGGCCGGUCUUCGCGAGUACUCCCUCGCCAACAACCUGUUCUGGGCCAUGGCUGAGGGCCACGCCUGUGAGAUCUCUGCUCGUCGCAAUGCCAUGGAGAACGCCUCUAAGAACGCCGGUGAGAUGAUCAACAAGUUCCAGAUUCUCUACAACCGUCAGCGUCAAGCCGCCAUUACUGGAGAGCUGGUCGAGAUUAUUACUGGUGCCACCGCCUCCGCGGACAUGUAA